CGGGACUUCUGUUUGGUUCAAUGGACGCUGAGUCAACUCAAAUAUAAUAUCCAGUGUUUCCGUUUAUCUGUUUACUUUUAUUUAUCAGUCGAGUUCUUCUUCCAGGUGCUGCAGGGGACUUUUUAUUUUCAUUAUUGCGCUCGAAAUGAAGUUAAAGCUGUUUACAACUUGCACUGAACAACAUUCAGCUCGUAUUAGUGGACAAGAGUGGACGGGUUUUAUAUUUUUUAGCCUCGUAUGUGAGAUUCUUUAAAGAGGAAGCACCUGUCGCACCUGCCCACAGGUGUUUGUGGACUCAGACACCUGCACUUUGCUUCCUGUCCGACCUUAAAGCAGAUAUUAAUAAUGAAAGCUUAAAGCACCUUUAACCUCAGAGAAGGACGUUGAUUCACAACCUGCUUUUUUAAUGUUGGGACUGAAGAUGGAGCUGACCGGGCAAAGGGCAAAAUGUCUGGCGCUGCUUUUACUAGUUGCGGUGAGUGCGCAGGGCGUCUUUGUGGAGCCCCCUCAGCCGGUCACCUCCCUGCGCUCCAUGGCAGAGAGUCAGACCAGGCUCCCUUGUCGCUACCAGGUGGAGGAGGGGCAGAAGGUGGUGCAGGUCACCUGGCACAAAGAGCUCCCAGACGGCAACAAGGAACAGAUCAUCACUUCCCACUUCGAACACGGCACAGAGAUUGGGCGUUACACGGGCCGGGUGCAGUUCGAAAGCGGGCGCCCCACGGAGAACUCAGCUCUGCUCAUCCUCAGCACGGAGGAGUCGGAUGAAGGCAUCUACACCUGCCACAUCUCCACCUUCCCCAAUGGCAACUUUGACAUCCGCAUCACACUCACCGUCUGGAUCUUACCCAUCUCCUCCCUGGAGCCUGUGCUGUUGGUGGAGGGCCAGUCGUUCCGUGUGGCCGCCUCCUGUCGAGCCGUGGGCCACCCGCCUCCUCGCCUCUCCUGGGACACCGACCUGCCAGGCCAGUCCCAGAACCGCACCAAAGAGGGCGGGACCGUGUCCAGCUUCUACUCUCUGCACCCCCUGCGCAGCAUGAAUGGGAAAAAGCUGGACUGCUUGGUGUGGCAUCCCGGCCUGGAGAAGCCACGCAGGAUCUCGAACCGCCUGGAGGUGCAAUACCCCCCAGAUCCCACCAUCUCCACUCCUACCGGAGACUUGUUUGAGGGUUCGGAGAAAGUUGAGCUGGUCUGCAGCAGCGGAGGAUACCCCAAACCUCAGAACGUCACCUGGACAUGGAGAGGAGGAGCUUUGCCAGAUGGGAUGUCUGUGAUUGGAGGAAAACUUGUUUUCCAGCGGGCCCUACGCAGCAAUGACAGUGGGGUCUACGAGUGUGUGGUCAAGAACAACGUGGGAGUGGGAAAAACAGAGUAUAUGUUGACAGUAACAGGGCAUUCUCCACGUAUGGGCAAUUCCCCCAUUGACAGCCAGUUGCUGAUCAUUAUUGGGGCUUCAGCUGGAGCUUUGAUCAUGGUGCUGGUCAUCGUCGUCCUGCUAGUCAACCGCUAUCAUCGACACAAAAACAAAAAGCUUGCGAUGAAGCUCAGCGAAAAAACGGAGGAAAUUAACAGCCUCUCCAGACAAGCCUCCUUCAGGAGACUGAACUCUGUCAGCACAGACCCCAGAGUGCCGACUGAAGAUUACGCGCUGCUCAGAGUAGACAGCCGAAUGAAAAAUAGCCAAAUGUCUCUGGAACGACCCAUCUACAAAGGCAGCCAGUCCACUCUGGGCGGGAAGUGGGGGUCUUCGGGUGGGGUGGAGGUGGACGAACUGGGACGUCCCGUAGUCUGGCACGACGGCAGGGAGAGCCUGAGAGGAGCGGAGAUGGAUGUAGAGAAGGAGGAGCGCAGGAGGAGGGUGGAGUCUUACCUGAAGAGCAGCAACAUGUCACUGGACUCAGGACUGCCCUCUUCCCUGAUUCCUUUGAAGGUCCAGCCAGACGAGUGCGUCGGGCCCAGAGACCAAGACUACCACAUGGAGAGAGACUCCCCACAGUCGGUAGCGGAGGAACACGAGGAUGACGAAGUCGACGGCUCCUACCAGAUUUCAGAAGCGCUCACCAAUCACUUCUACUACAGUAAUGGCGUCCUCAGGCCCAGGCCACACUCCAACGCCAUUCUGCUGCACCCCAGAGGACAGAUCAUCUAGCCCACAGACUCCCAUUCACAACGUGAGAAGAAAGAAAGCCUGUAAUGCAUUCCUGCAUUGAAAAUGACUUCAUUUAUAUAAUGGGAUGUUUGUUUUGUACACACUGACUGCAGUGGGUAAUUAGCCCCGAGAAUGAUCCAAACUUUGAUUCUUCUUCUUUUUUUUUUGCUUCUGGCUUGUGAGAUUUUGAGCUUUUAUCCUAACCCUAUAAUAAUUGGAAUGUGUUUAAAUUAUUUUUGGGUUUUUUUUUUUUUAUGCCUUAAUUGGGUAGCUGAUGAUGGAGAGAUGACAGGAAAUGAGGUGGGGGAGAAAGAUGGUGAAUGUCAUACAAUAAAGGUCCCCAGACAGACACAAACCGGUGACAUUGCGGUUCAAUUUAUUUUAUCCUAAUCCUAAUUUUUAGGAUUUUUUUUUUUUUUUUUCCACAAACCACAAUCUCCUUCAAAGUGCAUGUAACAAAGGUUCCUGUUACACAAUGUUUACUACCUGCAGUGCUAAAAGUUUAUAUCCUCUGCUUUGGUGACUUAACAGCUGGGCAAACUAUUUUAAAUUCAAAGAUUUGAAUUGGGAGAUUCCCAAUAAAUGAUGCCAAUUUACAGUUCUUUGUUUACAUCAUAAACAUGCAGGGAAGGAAGAUGUGGACGAGGACAACAUCUAAGCUCUGAUGCUUGACAAAGUGAAGAGUAAACUGCACUCAAAACUCUGAUAUUUUCACCCUGGAUACACCUGUGGAUAAGAUGUUAGUAUGUGUAUUUGUGUAUGUAUAUGUAUAUAUAUAUAUAUAUGUAAGGAGCUCUUUUAUGUUUGUGAUCAUGUAAUUAACAGCCAACUGCAGUUACAAAGGUCAAAAAAGGCUGUAACCCUGAGAACCUGAACACAGACAUGGACAAAGUCUUCAAACUGGAUGGAUAAACGCAACAAACUGGUUUCCAUGACCCAGUUUUAUCGACAUCAAUGUGACAAAACUGGAUGAAACGUGCAGCAGAGGAACUGUAAAGCAACUGUGUAUAUGUUUUUUUUUUUGUGUGUAAAUUGUUUUAUAUCCAUUGUGUUUUUCUAUGAAACUGAAAAAGUGGACAUGUAAAUGU